AAAUGAUGAAAAUAUCAAAAAGAGCUUACAUAUAAAAACGAUGUCAAAAUUAAUUCAAAUGCCAUCAAAGACAUGGCUGAAAUACAAGCGGUGGGACGUGAUCAAACGAUAUCAAUCAGCUGCGUCAACCGUGAAUCUUGGAAACAGAACACUUACCAUAGAAACAGGGAAACUGGCCAAAUUUGCAGAUGGUGCAGCAGUUAUAAAGCAAGGAGAAACCAGUGUUCUUGUAACAGCAGUGACAAAAACUCUAUCCCAGCCAUCUUCAUUUCUUCCUCUCACUGUUGAUUACAGACUGAAAGCAGCAGCAGCAGGGAGGAUUCCUAUGAACUAUUUCCGUCGAGAACGGGGUCCUUCAGAGAGUGAAAUCCUCACAAGUCGUGUUAUAGAUCGAUCAAUAAGACCUCUUUUUCCAGAUGAAAGCAGCAGGGAAAUUCAGGUGUGUUGCAAUGUAUUAGCAGUUGAUGGAGAAAAUGAUCCCGCAAUUCUCAGUAUCAAUGCAGCAUCAGCUGCCAUAGCCGUGUCUUCUGUACAGUAUCAAUGGAAUGGUCCUGUAGGAGCUGUCAGGGUUGGAUAUGUAGAUGAUAAAUUUGUAAUAAAUCCACUUCGCCAUGAGCUGGAGCAGAGUAAAAUCAACCUAGUGGUUACAUCCAGUAAACAAGGAAUAGUUAUGCUGGAGGGAGGAGCCAAUGCUGUGGAUUACGAUUUGUUUAAGGAAGCCAUUAAGGUUGGUUACGAAGAGUCUUUUAAUAUCAUCGAAAGUAUCGAGGAUCUGAGAAAAUCAGCUAGUGAAAAUAAGUAUAUACCUAAACGUCUGCCUCCAAGGUUCCAGGAUACAGAAAUUCAGGAUGCUGUGUACAGGUUGUGCAAUUCAAAGUUGACUGCAGUGUUUACAGAUUAUAAUCAUGAUAAGUUUUCAAGAGAUUCAGCUGUGAAGCUUAUUGUCAGUGGUGUGAUGAAUGAAUUAAAAGAUCUUUAUCUGUCCAUGACAGAAGAUGAUUUAAAUCAGUACAUACAGAGGUGUAUUAAACAAAUCUUCAGGGAGAGUAUCUUUACUACGGGGAAAAGGUGUGAUGGCAGAAGUUUAACACAGCUCAGAAAUAUUUCCUGUAGUGUAGAUGUCCUCAAACCCCUGCAUGGAUCCUCUCUUUUCCAGAGAGGCCAAACACAGGUUCUGUGCACCAUGGCUUACGAUUCUUUAGACAUGUCAUUAAAGUUUGGUCCUGUUGCACAGCUCAUCAGUGGUGCAAAGGAAAAGAAUUUCAUGUUACAUUAUGAGUUUCCAGCAUAUGCCACCAAUGAAAUAGGACGACCUGGUACAGCAACAGCCAGAAGAGAAAUAGGGUAUACAAGGAGAUAGCAAGCGUGGAAUGCUUCUGGAAUCUACAGUACAGAACUAACAGAA